AUGGCAGAACUCUUCGUGCUUUUUCUGGUCGCAAUAACCUUUGUCGAGUGUAAAGUGUACGAUCGUUGUGAGUUAGCCCGCGAAUUGAAACAUGUUCAUAAAUUUCCCGGCCAUCAAAUCGCGACCUGGGUUUGCAUCGCCAAACACGAAUCAACCUUCAACACAUCGGCUGUCAACCGUGGUAGUGGAGAUCACGGACUUUUCCAAAUCAGCGACUUGUUCUGGUGCUCACCACCUGGCAAUGGCUACGCCUGUAAUGCCCCCUGUUCGGCCUUUGAGGACGAUGACAUAACCGAUGACAUUGCGUGUGUUAGAAGGAUUUUUAAAGAGCAUUCGGUUCUGUCAGGCAAUGGGUUUAAUGCCUGGGCUGUGUAUCCCUUGUAUUGCAAACAAGACGCAUCCAAAUACAUUGAGGGAUGCUUUGAUAACGAAAUUGAUAGCAAUAUCAGUGGAACUACCACAACAACUUCGCCUGAUGUUGACGAUGUUAAAGCAAAAAUUUUCGAACGAUGUGAACUUGCUAAAGAAUUGAAAAAGAACCAUUUGCCUGGAACUCAACUGGCAACAUGGAUGUGCAUCGCAAAAUAUGAAUCGCAUUACAACACUGCUGCUAUCAACACGCAAACAGGAGACCAUGGCUUGUUUCAAAUAAGCCAAAUUUAUUGGUGUUCAAACAGCAACAAACCAGGGAAAGGGUGCAAUGCCAAAUGUUCCGAAUUUCGAGAUAACGACAUUCGGGACGAUGUUGCCUGUGUCAAGAAGAUCUACAAAGAACAUCAAAGACUGUCCGGAAAUGGGUUCAAUGCCUGGGUGGCUUACAAGAAAUAUUGCACAGGAAAUAAUGAUCAUUUCAUCAAAGGAUACAAAAACUUGCGUGUUAACAUCAGUAAGUCCAAGAUGAAUCCUUUGAGCAAAUUACUUGUGCUCCUCUUCGUUUCGCUUUGUGUUUCACUUCAAAUAGAAGCAAAAGUCUUCAAACGAUGUGAACUUGCCAAAGAAUUGAAAAACAAGCACCACAUCCCUGGAAAUCAACUGGCAACAUGGAUGUGCAUCGCAAAUUACGAAUCGGGUUUCAACACUGCUGCUAUCAACAAGAAAACAGGAGACCAUGGCUUGUUUCAAAUAAGCCAAAUCUACUGGUGUUCAAACAGCAACAAACCGGGAAAAGCAUGCAAUGCGAAAUGUUCCGAUUUUCGAAAUAACGACAUUAAAGACGAUGUUGCCUGUGUCAAGAAGAUCUACAACGAACAUCAAAAACUUUCUGGAAAUGGGUUCAAUGCUUGGGUGGCUUACAAGAAAUACUGCAGAGGAAAUAAUAACAAUAACUUGUCUACAGUUGCAAAAAUGAAACUUCUCGCUGUGGUUGCUAUUUUCGCCUUUGCUUCGCUGAGCGAAGCAAAAAUUUUCGAUAAGUGUGAGUUUGCCAACACUAUCAGAGGCUAUGGUCUGUUCCCUGCAGAGCAUAUUUCCACAUGGGUCUGUAUCGCAAAUUACGAAUCCGCUUUUAACACCGAUGCCACCAAUACUGUGACUGGAGACCAUGGGAUUUAUCAAAUAAGUCAAAUUUACUGGUGUUCGACUGGAGAUAGUCCAGGAGGUGGUUGCAAUAAGAGAUGUGCCGAUUUCCAUAAUGAUGAUAUUAGUGACGAUUCCGUGUGUGCUAAAGCCAUCUUCGAUGAACAUCAGAGACUUUCCGGAAAUGGGUUCAAUGCCUGGACAACUUAUGCGCCUUAUUGUAGUGGAGAUAAUUCUGGGUGGAUUGCUGGAUGUUAGAUUUAGCUUUUUUACAUGUUAAUAAAAAAAUUCAAAGAG